AUGACCCUACUCUUCUCGAUUGGUUUUUGCAUCUUCAGCAUCCUUCGAUUAGUGGAACUGAAGCACUAUCGGACCGAUAACUUGACUUAUAGCAGCUCACUCACGCAGAUUUGGACAAUAUUGGAACUUGAUAUGGCGAUAAUCUGCGGGUCCCUUCUAUUAAUGAAACCCCUUGUUCAGCCUUGCAUGGGGACUCUCCGAAAAGGGAUUACACGGCUGAGCCGUGGAGAACCCCCCCCAUGA